AUGGUGAUUCAAGACUGCGGCUUUUGCUUGGAGGCCGGCGCUCUCACGCUGUGCCCAGAGCCGCUCAAUCGACCUCUUCGGUUGAUGACCCAGAGCGCGUCGGCAUACUACCCCAUGUACGUUCCGCCCUACAAUGACGGACCAGUGGCUGGUGGCGGAUCCGUGCGAGAUCCGAGGAUGUUCCAGGGUCUCGCCGGUGUCCAAGCACCCCCUCCCUACCCUCCUCCACCGGAGUACAGUCAAUUAGCAUCUAUCCCCGAAUUGCCGUCAAUAGUAACGAUGCGGCUGCCGACCGCCCAGACCACAGCUAUUGUGCCUAGUAAGACCGAUGAAGCGAUUCAUGAACCGAUACCGCCUGUUGAU